UCAUUUCACUACCUUGUCUAUCAUCUAGUCAGUUAUUAGGUUAGUCUCUUAAUUUUCUUUCUAAUUACUAUAUUGCAGGACAUCUCCUCAUCUCUCAACGACCGGAUAAGUAAUUUGGUCAGUGUCAACGCCCCCCUGGACCAAUGACCGGCUCCAGGCGAGGCUCUUGAUAACCGACUACUCCAUGCGAUAAUGCAGGUUAGAAGUUUUCCUCGGAGUAUAGAGUACCCUGUGCAUGGCUACUGACAGUCUCUCAAGAAGCGGUCUGCGCGGGCGAGCGGGAUGGAAAGAAGCUGUCAUGACGGGCGGCAAUUAUUCCCUGCACAUAACAAGACCUCAUUCCUAUAAGAUCCGGGAAAUCCCCUCAGUAUUACUAAUCCUGCGAAGCGGAGCUUGUCCUGCGCCUUACUUCAAAGUCUGCGUCCUUCUGCAUAUGACGGGCGAGUCACCGUUGCUGUUAGUUAAUGCACGACUGCUUUUUUUUUUUUGCGGCGGGCUGGGUGGGGAGGGCAAGGGAAAUGGGCUAGGUUGUAUACAAAACUUGGUAGCGAUGGGGGAAGGAUGCGUGAGACCCCCCCAGCAGGAAAUGGUGGGAAGGAGGGGCAAAACUAGGAACGAAAUUAGGGAGGACAAGCCCGAGCUGGAGACACUAAACAGGCUGGAAAAGCAAGCGGACAGGGAACCUCAGCCAAGUGGAGCAGUUUAACAUGGCUGAUGAUGAUCAUUUCAGCAGAUAACCUCCUGCAGUGAUGGGGUGCCGUUCUCAAACCCCGAGUAUCUCCAGCAAGAUGGUG